AUGCAUAUUCCGACAAGUAAUUAUCAUUUCAUGGGAACUUCACCUGCAAUGUCCAAUGAAAAAUAUAGAAAGCCUUAUACUCGAAAAUUGGAAGAGGUUUCUAAUGCUGUGGACUAUAUGCACGAUUCUGAUAUUUAUUUGACAAAACUGGAAGCAAAAAGUGAAUGUUCAAAUUAUUUACAAGAACAUUCAACUCCGAAUAACCUUGAUUAUUCCAUUCCAUUCAUUCUUCCACCAGGUGUGGUAGGACCGUCAAUAUUACUAUUUGAGGAGAAUCCUAUUUUGAAAUCAUCUUUAUCAUCAAAGGAUCCGAUGGUAAAAUAUUUAUCGAACGCGUUAAUUAAAAUAAUUGACCAAGCUUUUGAAAAUGAUAAUAAUUGGGUAAUAAGAAGAUUAGAGUGGAUUGAAACGAUUAACAUUAUUAAAAAAGCAUUAGCAAAACAUGAAAAUGAUAAAAUUACAUUAACUCAACAAAUCAAGACAUUAAUGUUUGCAUAUGAAAUAAUUAAAAAACAGUUUGAAAAAAUUAACCAUCAGAAUUUAAUUAUACAAAAAGAAUUAAUAGAGGCCCAACAAAAAAUUAAAUUACUUAAGCAAGAAAAACUUCAAAAUGAUGAGCAAAAAAAAUGGGAUAUUAUUACAACAGAAUAA